GGGAGGAGGGCGGAGGCGGCGGCGCGAGGGUUUUUAUUUGGACGAGUUUCAUCUGGAUCAUGAAGCUGCUGAUUCUGUUGGCUCUCUUCUGUGGAGCAAUGGCCCAGAACAAAGAUGUUCCAGAGCCUGUCCAAGACAUCAGUCUGGAUAAAGGUGAAGCACAAAAUGGACUUUGGAAACAUUUUGGUGAAACCAGUCAUGUUUUCCACUCGACUCCUCAGACUUGGGCCAAUGCUCAGAUGCACUGUCUGGCCAUGGGAGGACACCUGGUGGUCCUCAACUCUAAGGUGGAGGAGGACUUUGUGAAGGGUCUUUCUGGGGGCAGAGAGAUAUGGAUCGGCCUCUCAGAUUCACAGCAGGUAUGUUAA